CAGAAGUUCUGGAGGAGGCAGCAGUGAGCAAACAGAGCACAGUUACACGUUAAUUCUAGCAUGAAAACAAACACGAGCUGCCGCCGUCACGUUCCAGUAGAGGUCAUUCCAGGAUGAAAAUCCGGCUAAUUCGGACAAUGACGGGCAGAGGUGCAGGCCUUAAAAAGGAUAGGCACACGCCAUCAGCCAGUCACCCUGGAUAGAGAGCAGCCAAACAAGAGCAAGCAGCAACUCUGGAAUUACACCAUAACGCAACUUUCUCUCAGGUCAGGAGAACUGUGUUUUCCUGGGCUUCUCCACAAUGCUGUACACUUUAGCAGGAGGAGGCACCCUGUGUGGCGUCGCUGCCCUCGUUCUCCUCAUCGUUUCUACGGCAACAGACUUCUGGAUGCAGUAUCGGUACUCUGGCAGCUCCGCUAACCAGGGGCUGUGGAGGUUCUGCAUCAACAACAAAUGCCACGCGCACACCAUCACUGUGGCCUUUUGGGAUGCUACCCGGGCCUUCAUGCUGCUGGCAGUGCUGAGCUGUUUUGCUGGUGUGGUCCUGGGCCUCAGCGCCUUCACCAACGGUACAAAGAACCGGAGAGUGCGUACAGGCGGCAUCGCUCUGGUCCUGUCAGCCUUUCUAGCUCUUCUGGCUUUGGCAAUUUACACCGGAGUAACCGUCACGUUCUUUGGAAAACGCUUCCUGGAUUGGCGCUUUUCCUGGUCCUUCAUCAUUGGCUGGGUCGCCAUCAUCUUGGCUUUUGCUGCAGGUGUGUUUCAGCUCUGUGCAUACCGGCAGAACACAGCAGAACCAGCUCCUUCAAAUGUUCCUGACAGCUGAACAGGAUGAACUCACAGAGGAGCUCUCAGACUUUUGCAGCCGAUGUCGAUGUUUUUGACCACCGAGUGUGAAAUAAAUAGAAAUAACUGCAACUCUGAACUUGAAGUUAUUUUAUUUCCAAAACAGAUAUAAUUUUAAAUCUAGUUUGGACAUUAAAUUUAAUUAACUUUAAGGGAGAAAACUGUGAACCAAUUCAUAAUAUAUGAUUCAAAUCAUUGGGAUAUUUAUGUAUUCAUUUAAUUUAAUGAAAGGACUAAAAAAGGUCAGCAAGCAAAGAAACAUUUAACCAUUAAUUGCUCUCCAGGAAGUUUUAGGAAAACACAUUUGACCACUAGAUGGUGCUGUUGUAACACAAAAGCCUUCAUGGAGUAAAACAGCACUUCUAAAGAAGAACUUUUUAAAGACCGAAUCCAAUUAAAAUUGUGUUUUUGGCGUUUUCAACAUGUUCUUGUAGAUUUUCCUUGUGAUAUACAAAAACAUUUAAGAUUAAAAUUGGAUUUCUGAGAAUUUGGUUACAUCAGGACAAAUAGACAUCCUUUGAAAAAGCUCUUUUGUGACACAUCAAGUGAAAUGGCUGCUACAUUCUGAUACAUUCACUUAAAAUGGAUAACAUCAUUUAGUUAUCUCCACUGGAUGGAUCAUAUAAUGCUUGCCAUUUUUGUUGCACCGGUAAACUAGCAGGAGUGUAAACACAGGGAUAAUGGGGUCUCAGUGGAGGCUUACUUCAGCGCCAACAGCAAAAUUAACAAUUUUAGGCAAAAGUCUGAUGAUCUCUUGCUGCUCUGCACAAAAUAUAUCCAAGAAAAUGACAGAUUUAUUUAAAUUUUGACAUAAAAAAAGCAAAAAUAAUUAUAUUCAAAAGACCACAAGAAAUGCCCCCCCCCAUAAAAUAAAUCAAAAUAUGAUUAGA